AUGUCGAAGAGACCUGCGACCUCAGGCUAUGCCCGCAUUGCGCAGAUAGAGGACGAGAAUGAUGACAUCAGAGGUAGUUACGAUAGUGACGAAGCCUUCAACGACAACGGACCAUCAAUCUCCUUACGCGAAGAGCAAAAUGCGCCGAUUCAGCCCAAGCGCUGGCAAACUGGCAUGCGGAUGCAGAAAAGCGAAAGCAUAAAGUCAUGGGGCUCGAAAAGAAAUCGCGCGAAUGCGGGUAUCGAUAUUAAAGCGAUCAACGCAAGGUUUGAAAGGUGGGCGGAGGAAAUCAAGGAUAAAUUCACACGGUUACGAAUUGGGGGAACGAGCACGGAGCAAGAGCAACUUGAGAUUCACUACUCUGUGUUUCAGGCACCAGAAUGGAUCAGGCCGGCCUUGAAGGAGGAGCUUGAUUCGGACUUCGCAGGGAGUGGAGAGAGGAUAUCAAAGCUCGAAUUUGACGAUCUUACAGAAUCGGUCAGGACGGCCAUAGAGCUUGGAGUCCAUCCGAAGCUGAUCGCGCAAGGCAGCAGCGGUUCCUACUUUGCUCGGAAUAGUGGUGGUAAGGUCAUUGGUGUAUUCAAGCCGAAGGAUGAGGAGCCAUAUGCCAACAAGAAUCCGAAAUGGACAAAGUGGCUGCACCGCAAUUUGCUUCCUUUUGCCUUCGGUCGCGCGAUGCUGAUUCCCAAUCUGAGUUAUGUUUCGGAAGCCGCCGCCUACGUCUUGGACUGUCAGCUUAGGACGCACAUAGUGCCCUACACAGAUGUUGUGAACUUGAGCAGCAAAAGCUUCCACUACGAUUGGAUGGAUCGCCGUGCAUACUACCGGAAGAAUAGACCAUUUCCCGAAAAGCCAGGAUCGUUUCAGAUAUUCCUUAAGGGGUACAAGGGAGCCACGGAUUUCUUCCAGGAACACCCAUGGCCAGACCAGCAAGGCGUCGCGGUGGCCAACUUUGAGCCAGAUGACCAGUCGCCUCGUGGUUGGACCGACUCCUGCAGACCUAGAGGUCCUCGCAAUGAUGGCAGCGAAGAAGAGACCGGUGGCCUCAUGUCCACAGAUACCCGCCACAUGCGAGCAGAAUUUUGGACGCCAGACUUGCAACAAACAUUUCGGGAAGAGCUGGAGAAACUCGUCAUUCUGGACUACAUCAUGCGCAACACAGACCGUGGAACAGAUAAUUGGAUGAUUCGAAUGGAUCGUGAAACAACGGAAAAUGCAUCAGGCAAUGUAAAUGGACCGACAGAACCUGCGGGACCCACGGACGAAGAAUAUACACGGCGAGCAGAGACCAUGACCACUGCUCCAUCUAAUUCAGGUUCUGUGAGAAUGGUCCCCAGACUCGGCGCGAUUGACAACAGUCUCUCCUGGCCGUGGAAACAUCCAGAUGCAUGGCGAAGCUACCCCUUCGGUUGGCUCUUCCUUCCAGUCAGUCUUAUCGGUCGGCCAUUUUCGGACAAAACUAAGAAGCACUUUCUACCCCUGCUCACUUCGAAACAAUGGUGGAGCGACACAACGGCCAAACUCAGGAAGUGUUUCGAGAUCGAUGCAGACUUCAAAGAGAAAAUGUUUGCAAGGCAGAUGGCUGUGAUGAAAGGGCAAGCCUGGAACGUAGUCGAGACUCUCAAAUCGAGCGAUCACGGUCCGCUCGAGCUCACCCGGCGGAACCGGGUCAUGGUAUGGGAUGACAUUGUAGAGGUUCCGGUCGCGGUGUCUCUGCCACAAGCCUCGGACGAGAUGCGACGCCGGAAGGGCGAACGCGAGCAGUCAAGUGCUACAAGCGCUCGUCAUUGGCGCGGCCUGGACGACGACGAUGAGAUGGACAUCUCAGCAGCUCUCUCGAGUACAGCACCAUCCAAUGCGGAACAAACGGCCCGACCAUCGAUUUCGUCCAAAAGGCAGAGCUCCGAAAAUCCCUUCAAUGUUGCCCGCGACAACGCUCUGCACUCUGUCCCUACGGACGAGCAUGACAUAUCCACAGCGCCAACCAGCUCGUCGGAGAAUAAAAUCCUCGACAUGGCGAGUGCUGCCAUAUCUGCUGUCCGUCCGAAACCUCGUCGCCAUCGCACCGCAGCCUCGCGCAACAGCUACGACAUUCCACAUUCGCAGUGGCGGACUCCCGCGCGUCCGCGCCGUUUCAGCUAUGGGCUCGGGGCGAGGAGCAACACCGAUCCCGACCUCGGGGAGGACGGCGACCUGGGCUUUUCCGCCACGGCAACGCAGGAGGGUAGCACGCGGCGAGUGAUUGUGGAGCGGCUGGAAGUGGUCAAGAGCAAACAGCCAUUUUUCUCAUGGUGUUAA